GAGAGUGAGUGAGUAAAUGAGUGUGUACUUUUAUUGCGUUAGAACCUGAUUCCCUGAACAUCCCCCAAAUAAAAAGGACACUAAUCACUUUUUCUUUUCUGCCAUAUCCUUUUUUUCUCUUUCUCUCUCAUCAUCGUCAUCUAGAGAGAGAAAUCAAACACCAAAUGUUGAAGAUCUACUCCAUUUUCAGUCGGUUUCAACUUUCAAUAAGCGUUUUUUCCCUUGGCGGUGUAGUGAUCAGAACAUACAUCUGGUGGUGAAAUUACGAAAACAUCCUCCUUCAGCUGGUUUUUAAUUCACGAAGUAACUCAAUUUUCGGAUUUGACGGUGGAGAUGGGUUCUGUUGGAUUCGACGGUGAAGAUGAAUCUCAGCCGAGUACCAGUACAGGCAAGAAGUACAAACUGCCCAGAACGAUUCUUGAUGGUUGUGGUGCAGUUAACCAUGCCUCUGUUCCUAGGAAGCUACGGUCCGCCGUAAAAAAACGAGGACGCGAAUCUGUUACUAUAAUACCUUUGCCAGUUUCGAGGAAAAAGCAUCACGUGUCGAAUGGAGUUGAAACACUCGGGAAAAAGUACAGUACAAAGAAACCCAAACAAAAUAAGAAGAAGGGAAAAAUAACAAAGGAUGAAGAAGAAGUUGCUGAAGCCUUAUAUGCUUUAUCCGGAAUGUUCUUUGAUUCUAACAAAACUAAUCAGACAGGAUUGGAUAAUGAAGUAUCGGAAGCAAAAUCUCCAGCUAUUCAUAAUUCAGUUGAAGAUACUGUGAUUCCGACUCCAAAAGAGGAGUCUAACAAAAUCGGCUCAAAAUCAACUUUAGGUAUCGUUCAAAAUUCACCGCCAGAAAUUGUUGAAUCCCAAUCCGAUAUAAAUCUUGUUCAAAGACCAAGGAUAUUCCCGAGUGGUGAACAUGCAACUGAACUACGACAGGCGGCAAUUUCUGGUAUUCAAUAUGACAAGAAUUAUCCCCCCAUGGACAUUAAAAAAGAUAAAGGUUUAUUUCCAUCACCGCCUCAGAAUUCUAAGCCACAAGAAUCCGGAAAAAGAAUCCCACCCUGGUUUGAGAAGGCUAAUUCUGCACCUGCAAUUGAGAACAACAGUAUUACUACUGAAAAGGUUGUUGUUGAAUCAAAUAAGUCAUGGAAGAGAAGUACAGCACAUGUGUACAUAAGUCGUCUGAUUCGGGUCUUGCAAUUAUCAGAGAAAAACGAAGGGUUAGUAGAGAAUAACAAACCUACUCAAGUAACAACUUGUGGUGAUAGAAACGACAGUAUUUCUUUCGCGCCUUCAGCUGAAAUCCAAAAUAAUUCAGCUGAAACACGAAAUGAAUUUCUGAACAAGAGGCCCGUUCAAGAUCGGCCCGAAAGCUCUGCUUUAUGUUCUAGAAAACAGAAUUACGAUUUUUUGGCUUUGGGUAGCGGAGUAUGUGGUUUGGAUGGAAGAAAAAGCGUCAAUGGAGCUGUACAUAUUAACGAACAAUUUCACAUGCAGGCGCAAAAUCAUUCGGCCAUGUUUUUCUUACCGCCGCCCCAGAAUGGCUAUUCCUCUACUUUCCAUGCUCAUAAUUCAGCUUUAGCACCACAACAGGUACAAAUACCGCAAACUCUCAACAGCAGUUUUACGUCACAGCUUCAGACAUGGUAUAACGGAGGAGGAAGAGAUGCGCCUUCCAUGGUGAACUAUGCUCAUACUAUAUUCCCGCACGUGCACGCUGCACUAGCCUCCAAAUAUCAACAGUUUUCGAGUCCGCAUCAGCACCAGCAUAAUAUUAUGGCUAUGAAUUCGUCUUUAAAUGUGAAGAAACACCAUCAUCAACAAUAUCAUAAUAAUACAACGCAUCAAGAAAAUCUUCGUUUGGGAUUUGAGAGAAACGGAGCUGUAUUCUACCCUGAAAACGUACCGCAAUUUCAGCUGCCGUGCAACCAGCGAUUCUGAAAUGGAUAAAUUACUGUCAAUUAUAUGCUUCUACUUUAGAACCAUUGUUUGUUCUUUUUUUUUUGGGGGGGAGUUAUGUAUUAAUUAGUUUCAAUAUAAAUGUUUGCAAAAAUAAUUAUAUGUUCUUGUUAGUGACAAUUUCGAAAUUUCGGCACAGUCAAAUACACCUGAUGAAUAUUAUAAAU